AUAAGAAUCAGGUUUGACAACCCUCGAUCUAACCCCAAGUGAAAGGUUACAAAAGCAAAUCUAUUAAUCUUGUUAUGAUCAAGGAAGUUAUUAAAGAAUCAGCAUUUGAAAGUCUAGAGAUUAAAUUUAAAUGUACAACUGACGCCCUCGUGCAGCAUAGCUUUGUUGAUAGUAGGCUUGGUGGACAGAUCACCAUCGGGAUCACACUGAAGGAGAUCAUCUAACUGUUGAAGCAGUGAAGGACCAUUGUGCAAGAAGCAAUAAUGGUAGCAAUGAGACUGGCCUUACUGGGCCUAUGUGUAGGCAUACUAGUGAUGCCAAUAUAUUCUCAAACUACUUGCACUUCUAAACAUGACUUAGUGUUUGUGAUGGAUGCUUCUGGUAGUUUAGGACUUGACAAUUUUGGCACAAUUCGCUUCUUUGUUCGUAGCGUCAUCCAAGAACUUGAUAUUGGCUCAGAUGCGACUCAGGUUGCUCUGGUGACCUUUGGUGACACUGGCGUUGUGGAGUUCUAUCUAAACACUUAUGAUAACAAGGAGGAUGUUUCCUCAGCGGUGGACAGACUAGAGUACUCUGGUGGGUCGACUGACACCCUCGGGGCCCUCAGUACAGUGCGUGCCCAGGUAUUGACCAGUAACCGUGGUGAUAGGGCUGAUGUUCAAGAUACCAUUGUGAUGAUCACUGAUGGGGCUUCGAAGACUGGAGAUCCAACUGAAAUUGCUAAUUUGCUGCGAUCAGAGCAAGAUGCCAUUGUAUACACUAUUGGUAUUGGAACUAGUGAGCUGAACCCAGAGGAGUUGGUUGCUAUAGCUAAUGCAGGCUCGCCUAGUGGAGGGGGCUCUCUAGACUCAUACAGUAUCAUUGUGGAUGAUUUUUCCAAACUUAAUCCUCUUGCAACUGAUGUCUCUUCACAGAUUUGUCUUUCUCAACCACCUUGUGAAACAUUAACAGACAUUGUGUUCAUGAUUGAUGGUUCUGGCAGUAUGGGUGCUGAAAACUUCACACGUGUACUUGACUUCGUCUCUAGCAUUGUCAAUGGUUUCAACAUUGGCAACGAAGCUACCAUGGUUGGUGCUUUGACCUUCAGCAGUGGUGCAGAGGUCAACUUCCAACUGAUUCAGCAUUCAACUAAAUCUGCACUCCUGACCGCUAUAGCAGCUAUUGAGUACCCUGGGGCAUCAACAGACACUAUAGCUGCCUUCGAAGCAGUGCGUGGUAUGUUCACAGCUGAAAAUGGGGAUCGUUCAGGUGUGCCAAACUUUGCAGUGAUUAUUACAGAUGGAGCCUCUAAGACAGGGGACCCCACAGAAGAAGCUACAGCAACAAAGGAUGAUGACAUCACUGUAAUGGCCAUUGGUAUUAGAACAGAGGAACUGAAUGAAGAGGAGCUAACAACUAUGGCCAGUAAUCCCAAGUCAAAGUAUGCACUAUUAGCAGAAAAUUUUGCAGAUUUGACAGUUAUUGGGCCAACUGUGAAAAAUGAGUUAUGCAACAGUGGAGGCUGUGAGGCAUCCUAUCGAAUCACCCCCUAUGAUAGUAAGAUCCCUGGGGUGGGCAGACCUGAAGUGAGAGUGAAUGGACAAUGGAAGGCUAUAUGUGAUGACCAGUGGGAUGACCUUGAUGCUAAAGUCAUAUGUUCAUGUCUCUACCCAGACUCUGAUCCAGUGAAUUACAAAGCUCUCUGGAGGCGUGACACCACCCUUGAUGUGUUGGCUAUAGGUAUAGAUGACCUUGUGUGUGAGGGAGAUGAGGAAGAUAUAUUUAGCUGUAAAUACACAGGGGAGGCAGACCAGAACUGUGACGCUUCCACAGAGGCUGCUGGGAUUGCAUGCAUUGAUAUAGCUCCUUAUGUGCCUGUUGUGCCCAUACCUCAAUUAGCAUGCAACACCUCUGCAAUGGAGACCUGCUUUAACAAGUCAGAGAUAAUAGCCAGUAAGCUGGACUUACAGCCAGCAUGUUCAGAUAUUACAAGGCAGGACAAGGGGGAUUUCCUCUGCUAUGAUAUACCUCAUGGUCAGUGCACUCCAGCAGAACUAACUACUGACAGCAGUGGUAAGAAGUACUGUUACCGCUAUGAACAAAAAUCACGGGAAUCAACUGGUAGUCCUGUAUUUGAUGAAAACUGGGAUGUGACGACAUGUUGUAAUGUCGCUAAGAAUGGCUCAGUAGGAUUUGGAUACCAGUUCUUUGUCCCAACAGGAAAUUACUCAUCCAGCGGUAAUACAGAUUUCGAUAUGAAAUGUUAUCUGAAUCCCAAUUUUGAUGGGGACGCCAUAGAGUACCCUGUUAAGGUACUCACAGGGCAGGACCUCUACUGUAAGGUGUGUGUGGAUACAGAAGAUGAAGACAUGUUAUUGGUUGUGCCAACUUGCUGGUUGAGUGGCCCUGUUGGAGAAGAGGGUCCGAUGUACUCAUUUAUUGAGGAUAAGUGCCCAGUGGUGUCAACUCUUGGGCUGAACUUCUACCCAAUCUCCCGCCACUGCUGGGGCUUCAAGUUCACUGCCAUGAACUACAAUGACAAGGUUGAGAUGUACGUGUCUUGUGAUACAUUCGCCUGUGACUCCAAUCUUGAUGGCAAACCCUAUUGUGACAGAACUUGUAUUGAUGGGAGCAACAGGAAGAAACGUGACGUAGGAGAUAAGUUCACCCCCAAGAAGCAGGGCCGUGUUGACAGGGGGCCCUUCAUAGUUGAAGCAGGUGGUGCUAUGCGCAGUGACAAUGGUGAAUACAUUGUGGGACAGAAACUCAGUCCAGAAGAACUCAAAAAGUACAUGAAGGAUUAUCAGAGAGGUGUGAAUGGUAAUGGAAGGCUACAGUCAAGUAUAUUGGCAUCAUUCCUGGCACUGAGUUUCAUCUUGGCCCUGUAGUCAUACCACAUUUUUCUAUUGUCAUAGACAAUGUACAUAAGUCAGAGGAUGACUUGCAAGAUUUCAAAGUCUGUCUAUAUUGAAUAUGUUAGCAUUGACUUAUGUUUUCAUAGAAAAGAGAUGUCCUGAAACAAAGUAUUUUAGAAAUGAAUAAGACAAUUCACAACAAAGACUGAACUCAGGUAGAAAUCUUGAAAAUUAGUUAAAAUACCUGAAAGCGUGAGAAUCACUGCUCAGUGGUCUUGCUUUGAAGAAUAUGUUAUGGUUUCUGUCAUCAGUUCAUAUGAAGAAAUUUUGUACAUUUUUGGAUAUAUUUUCAGUAUACAUCUAUUUGGUUUUACUUAUUUAUUUUGUUUGUAUAGAACUGAAUUUGAAAUGAAUGAAUAUUUUUGGUUGUUUUUUUAAUUCGGAGAGUAGAUACUGAACCAGGGGACUUGACUAUAAAACUUCAUAAUCUACUAAUUAUAGAAUA